UUCCAGUGCUUUCAACACGCUUUGAUAAACUAUAAAGACUGGACAUUUUCUAUCAGUGACAGUCAUCAGCUUGUUUUUCUUCUGUCAGCCAAUCAUCACCUCAGCAAAGAUGGCAUCAGGCUUUCUGUUUGCUUUGUUGCUCUGUUUGUCCAUCGGACUGUCGGCUGCAUCUUGUUGUGGACAAACCUCCUACCCAGGUUCCUGCCCUCCUGGUUGGACUCAGUUCGGCUCUCGCUGUUUCAGUUUCAACUUCCAGGGAAAGAGUUGGAUCGAUGCAGAGAACUUCUGCAAGUCCAUUGGUGGGAAUCUGGCUUCAGUCCACUCAGAAGAGGAAAAUUCCUUCCUCAGAACCUACAUUAACCAAGUGACUGGUGAAAACAAAUCAAACUGGAUCGGAGGCUUUGACUCAGUGCAGGAGGGCGUGUGGAUGUGGUCUGAUGGAUCCACAUUCGACUACAAACAGUGGCAUGAGGGGCAGCCUGACAACGCCGGUGAAAAUGAGAACUGUCUUGAGAUGAACAUUUGGGGCAACUGGAACGACAGGCCGUGUACCGACAUAAAACCUUUCCUGUGCUCCAAGAAGCUGUGAGGCCUCCCACCAUCAUGAUCUCUCUACAGCUCAUCUAUAAUCUCUUUCAUUGAUUCACUUUCAGUUUGUUGUGCAGACAGAAACAGCUCUCUGCUGACAGACUCACUUUCUCUUGUUUAUUAUCUGAAGAGUUAGGAAACGGUUCACAUUUGAGUUUUAACAUUAGAAGGAAACUGACUCUCUGAGCUGGACAAAAACAUAAUCAGUUAUUGGACUUUUAAUCUAUAAAUAGCACAAAAUAAAAUACAGAAAACACUGAAAUACUCUGACAUAUUUUUCCAUUUUAGUUUACUGAAUAUUGUCUGUUAUAAACAGCAUCCACUGAUUUAAUAAAAUAAAACUUCAACACA